UGUAUAUUCUUAAUGGAUAUUCUAAGUAUUUUCCAUAUUAUAAUCAAGAAUCGGCCAUUCAAAGCUUUUAAGCUACAUGAUCACAUCUCAAAGAUUUAUCUCAAUAAAAAAAAAUUAAUUAAAUUAAAUUAAUUAAUAAAAGAAUCUAAUAAAAUAAAUAAAUAAAAAGAAAAAUCUUUACUGGUUCUCUCUAAUAAUACAAAUUCUUAUAUAAUUAGCUUACUUCAGAACGACUUGAGCUCUUCAUUCUUCGCUAAGUCAAGAAGUCGCGUUUAUUUUAUUUUUUUUUUAAAUAAACUUUUUAAUUUGCUAAUGCCUGAGAAUGCUUAUAAAGACUUUUUGAACUUCAUGAAUUUUUAAGCUAGGAUAAAGAUCCGAGUCUUUCAGAAAUACGAAAUAUAUUUUGACUAUAUAUAAUAGGUUUGGUCCCAUAAUAUAUCAUAUUAUAUUAUAUUAUAUUCUCCACAUUUUUCAUAUCAAAUCAUUCAGAUUUUCUGUUAUUCAGUAAUCAUAUAAUCAUGCUGUAAGCGAGUAUACAACCUACUUCAAGACAAGUUAAGCUCCUUGUUGUUUGGUAAAUCGAGAAAUUCGUUUGUGUUCUUUCUCGGAAAGUAAACUUUUUAAUUUGCUAAUGCCUGUGGAUACAAAUCUUGAACUUCUGUGGAAACUUCCGUUUCGGCUUUAAGUUUGGUAGCGCUCAAGUUUUGUUUUCGUUUUAUUUUUGUGUCGAGCUCGUUUGGAGUGUAUUCAUGAAAUAUUUAUUUAGAUGUGUGUCUGUGUGUGAGUGUGUGUGUGUGUUUGUGUGGCAUGCCGCAACAAAUUGCAUGCAAAAUGACGCCUGGCAACGGGGUCAUGUUAAGAAAUGUGACACCUCUGCCAAGGUGCGGGGCAGGCCGAGGUGACGGCUGAGCCAGGACACGUUAUGGCCAGGUGGAAUUGCCAGGGCAUUGUCAAUGUCAUAAUUUGCCAUAAUGUGAGCCAGAGGGCUUACGAGGGAGAGGUGUGGAAGGAGGGGGCAUCUGCAAAAGUUGCCCUCCAUUGUGAAUGUGGAUGCUGAUGAUGUUGCAUGUCCAUGUCGAGAGAUGUCGAUGGCGAUGUCGAGAUGUCGAUGUCAAUGUCGUUUAGCUUUUGCCAACGGCCACACGGUUUCCCUUUUCCCUCUUUAUUAUAUGUGCAUGUGUGCACGUAUGUGUGUGCGUGUGUCUGUGUGUGUGUGCUCAACUUAGUUGCUAAGUUAACGAUGCGCCAUGACAACACUCCAUCAACAUGGACAGCAGCCCAGUUAGGCAGCGAUGCAGGCGAGGAGGCGAGGGGGCGAGGCCGGCCCUUCAUCUCCAUUUCCUCCGCACUCACUUCGCUGUGCAGCCGAAUCGUGCCAUGUCCUUGGCAGCGCAUUGUCAACAUUAACAGAGCCGUGAGGCACAAAAAGGCAUAUCCAAUUGCAAAAAAAAAAAAAAAAAAAAAAAAAACAAGAAAGCAAAAAAAAAGUAAAGGCAAAAGCAAAGGCAAGGCAGGCACGAUGAGAGGACGCAUGCUGAUAACAAAGCGUAUGUCGAGCCAAACGCAAACAUUCAACUAACAUUAGUGCCACGCCUCAGACAUGCACAUACACACACACACCGACACAGAGCGUGCGGAAGAGUGCGAGAGGGAGAGGUGGGGCAGGGCACUUGCUGCCUCUUCGCUUCGACUUUGGUGUCUAUUUUACUUGGUCAUUAAAUUUGGAUUUUGUGCUGUGCAUAUCACAAGUGCUUGACUUUGCUGUUAAAUACACACAGACACACACACAUACAUACAUCUCUGCACACAUGUAAAUACACGUGCAGGUCUUUAGUGGCCCCUUUUGUGUGUGGCAACCUUCGGUGCAACAGCAGCUCGUCUGCUUCCACUUUGCUGGUUGUGCUUUUUGCAUGCUAAACACACACACACACACACACACACACACACACAUAGACACACACAUACACUCUUCUACACAUUUGCCUUUCACACACUGUGCUUCCGUCGAACUGGAACCACUUUUGGCCAGUGCUAAACAACGUUCAUGUUGUCUGUCCGACUGCUCUGUAGAAGUUUGUUUUUGUUUUACUUACGGUUUUGAGCCUUUUGUGGUUUUAGUGGUUAUUUCGCCCACAUCCCCAUAGCAUCAUGGCUAAAAGCGGAUUUUUAGGCUCUUUAUGCGCCAACAACAACAACAACAAUAGCAACUGCAAAAUGCAAAAUUGAGUUGUUCGGAGAACUGAGAGUUGCCUAUCAGAGAAAUCGAUUCGCAAUAUCAAGGUACAUCAGUUCCGGAAAGUGGAUAAAGCUUUGUGUGAUGUUCAGAGAUAAUUAACAUGAAAAUAAAAUGAAAAAAAUUAGAAUUAGCACUUCACUCACUAAAUUAUGCAAUAUGAAAGUGUUAUUAAUUCUUUAAGAAUGAUCUCAUGCAGUUAUAUAAAAGACCAACACAACCACUAGCACGUUUUAAGCUGAUAUGCACUCGAGAGGGAGUAAAAAAUCAAUAAGCUCUAGCAAUUAACUUGGAGAAACACGUUCCAAGACGACUUAUAGCAUUGCGAUCAAACCAAACUAUGCUCGACUUCGUUCUCUGUUAUGUUAACCGUUAGUCGCAGCUUUUGUUCUAGGCGAACAUAAAAGGCAUGCGGGUCUUCUGGACUUCAUACAGUUUCGGAGUUGUCAGCGCCUUGACAUGUACGCUAUACGUUUCUACCUCAUCGCCUGCUUCAUCGUUCAGAGCACUACGAAUGGUGUCGAUUUAUAUCGGGAUAUAGGAAUGAGCAUGUUUCGGCUACAUCGUGUAAUACAGGGCAUGUCGCUAAUGGCUGACCAAUUUACUGAUGGUACGGAUGCAACGGCAGCAGCAGCUAGUAGAGCAAUAGCGCCUAGAGAGACUUUUGAAGUUAUCGCUCAGGCGACUGUUGUGACUGCUGCUCCUACAACUGCAACAGACGCAACUGAUCCACCAAUAACCGUUGCUCCAACGACCGUAACAACAGUUGCUCCUACAACAGUUGCUCCUACAACAAUUGCUCCUACAACUGUUGCUGCUACAACAGUUGCUCCUAUAACAGUUGCUCCUACAACGGUUGCUCCUACAACAGUUGCUCCUACAACAGUUACAACUGUUGCUCCUACAACAGUUGCUCCUACGACAGUAACAACAGUUGCUCCUACAACAGUUGCUCCUACAACAGUCGCUCCUACAACAGUUGCUCCUACAACAGUUGCUCCUACAACAGUCGCUCCUACAACAGUUGCUCCUACAACAAUUGCUCCUACAACAAUUGCUCCUACAACAAUUGCUCCUACAACAGUUGCUCCUACAACUGUUGCUCCUACAACUGUUGCACCUACAACCGUAACAACAGUUGCUCCUACAACAGUUGCUCCUACAACAAUUGCUCCUACAACCAUUGCUCCUACAACAAUUGCUCCUACAACCAUUGCUCCUACAACAAUUGCUCCUACAACUGUUGCUCCUACAACUGUUGCACCUACAACCGUUGCUCCAACGACCGUAACAACAAUUGCUCCUAUAACAGUUGCUCCUACAACUGUUGCUCCUACAACUGUUGCACCUACAACCGUAACAACAGUUGCUCCCACAACAGUAACAACUGAUCCUCUAACGACAGUAACAAUAGAUGUUACAACAGCAACAACACCAAUGCUGACAACAACAAUUGCGUCCACGACAAACAGAAUCUUUAUAACAGUUCGAAAUAAUGGUGUUGUUGUCUUUCGAUUCGAAGUAAAUUGCGAAAGUCUUCAGUUGAUAUUUGGUGCCACAAAUGUCUCGGCUUGCGAUCUCAUCUAAGCUUAAAAAUAUAUUUAUAUUUUAUAUUACAUUAAGAUAUUUAAAUGAGAAU